GAUUGAUUGACGAAUGACGUUUAGUGUUUACGGCCUGCGAUUAAAUCGGAGUAUAUUUACAUUUCUUUUAAAAUUAAUCAUUAUUAAGUCCUAUUUAUGAUAUGAAUUGUAUAUAAUAAGAAUCAAUUAACAAAAACCAACAAUGACAACCACUGCAAAAGUAGCAGUGUCUCAGAUACUGCGCAAUAAAGAUGAAUUAGGUGAAGAUGAUGAACCUAAAAAGAAAUCCAGGGAGGACUGGCGUAAGGCCAAAGAAUUGGAGGAAGCUCGAAAAGCGGGUACAGCACCUGCUGCUGUCGAUGAAACAGGAAAGGACAUAAAUCCGCACAUACCGCAGUACAUAUCAUCUGCCCCCUGGUACUAUGGGACGUCUGGGCCGACUCUCAAACAUCAGCGUCCACAGGAAGACAGGGAAGGACAGUUUACCAAACUCGACACAUUCUAUAAUAAGGGUGUUGAUACUACCUCAGUUUCUACCAAAUAUAGGAAGGGUGCAUGUGAGAACUGUGGAGCAAUGACACAUAAGAAAAAAGAUUGUCUUGAGAGGCCUAGAAAGAUUGGAGCAAAAUUCACAAACGCAGGUAUCGCGCCAGAUGAAUUCAACCAGCCCAACCUAAACUUAAGUUAUGACGGCAAAAGGGACAGAUGGAAUGGCUACGAUCCAUCCGAGCAUAAAGCUAUUAUAGAGGAAUAUCAAAAGGUGGAGGAGGCUAAACGGGAGAUGAGAGCCAAGAAGUUGGAAGAAGAUCCAACAGCAAUGGAGGAUGAUGACAAUGAAGGUGAAGAUGAAGACAAAUAUGUAGAUGAAGUUGACAUGCCUGGUACUAAGGUGGAUUCAAAACAGCGUAUCACAGUCCGAAAUCUCCGCAUUCGUGAAGACACAGCGAAGUACUUGCGCAAUUUGGACCUCAAUUCCGCAUACUACGAUCCUAAGACGCGUUCCAUGAGAGAUAAUCCACAUCCAGAGGCUGCGGAGAGUGACUACGCAGGUGAAAACUUCGUCCGUCUCAGCGGUGAUACAGCAUCACACGCACAAGCACAAGUGUUCGCUUGGGAGGCACAAGCUAAGGGACUGGAUGUACAUCUGUUAGCUGAACCCACGAAGUUACAGCUGCUGCAGCAGGACUACCACGAGAAGAAACAGCAGUUCAAGACGCAGGUGAAACAAUCAGUGCUGGACAAGUACGGUGGGGCGGAGCACCUGGCGGCGCCCGACAGAGCGCUGCUGCUGGCGCAGAGCGAAGUGUUCACCACCUACAAUAGGGACGGCACGCUCCUGGCCGCCGCUGAGAAGUCCUGGCUCAAGAGUAAAUAUGAAGAAGAUGUUCUCAUAAACAACCACACGACAGUCUGGGGCUCGUACUGGAAGGACGGCCAGUGGGGAUACAAGUGUUGCCAUUCCUUUAUAAAGAUGUCAUACUGCGUAGGUGAAGCCGGGAAAUCUGUUGUAAUGGACGUUCCAGAACCUUCCACGAGUACAGCAGAAAAGAAAGUAGUAACAACAAAAACAGAGAAAUCAUCGUCAGAAUCGUCAGAGAGUUCGUCGUCAGAGUCCGAAGUGGACACGCGGACGAAAACAGAGAAGACAAGCAAGAAGAAAAAGAACAAGAAAAAGGCAAAGAAGAAGAAGAGUAAGAAAGAGAAGAAGAAGGAAGAGGAUAAAUUGAAAAAGGCGUUAGAAAAAGAAGAAAGGCAACAAAAGCGCGCGGAACACCUCCUAGCACAAGAUGAAAGGAAACGGCCAUACAACAGUAUGGUGGAAGUCAAGGAACCGACUAGUGAAGAAAUGGAGGCCUACAUGAUGAAGCGAAGGCGGGAGGAAGACCCUAUGAGUCAGUUCAUGUGAUUCAAUGUGAAUAAAGAUUAAUAAUUAGACAA